GGGGGAGAAAGUUUGAGCCGAGCCAAAAAGGAGGAGCUUACACCUGUGUGCCAAAUCUGGGAACCUGACUGAGUACGGGGUGGGAGCCAGGAUGAGGCAAAAGCCGGAAAGACCUCCCCACCACGCUGGAAAGAAGGCCCCGUGAUCAGCCCCAGCCACUGGCCUUGCUGGCCACCCUUGGACCUUACAUAAAGGGACAAGUGGAGCCCCAGAGGUCACAGUGCUGACAGGACAGGGCUCGGAGCACCGGGCACCCAGGCACCAUGACUUGGUCCUUGAAGCACCAACGUUUAAUUCUCUACUUCUAUACUCUUUUACUGCUCCCUUCCACAUGCCUGGCAUACAUUGCUACCAGAGACAAUUGCUGCAUCUUAGAUGAAAGAUUUGGUAGUUACUGCCCAACUACCUGUGGAAUUGCAGACUUCUUGUCCACUUACCAAACCGGGGUAGACAAGGAUCUGCAAUCUUUGGAAGAACUCUUCAGACGAACUGAAAACAAAACAGCAGAAGCUAAAGAACUGAUCAAAUCAAUCCAAGUCACCUAUAACCCCAAUGAACCACCAAAGCCAAACAGGAUCGUGACUGCUACCAAGGAUUCCAAAAGAAUGAUGGAAGAAAUUAUAAAAUACGAGGCAUUGGUUGGAUCACACGAAUCGAAUAUUCGAUUUUUACAGGAAAUAUAUAACUCAAAUAACCAAAAGAUCAAUAACCUGAAACAGAAGGUAGCCCAGCUUGAAGCAAAGUGUCAGGAACCUUGCAGAGACACAGUACAAAUACGUGAUAUAACUGGGAAAGAUUGUCAAGACAUUGCCAAUAAGGGGGCCAAGGAGAGUGGGCUUUACUUUAUCAAACCUCUGAAAGCUAAGCAGCAGUUCCUAGUCUACUGUGAAAUUGAUGGAUCUGGAAAUGGAUGGACAGUGCUGCAGAAGAGGCUUGAUGGCAGUUUGAAUUUCAAGAAAAAUUGGAUUCAAUAUAAAGAAGGAUUUGGGCAUCUGUCUCCUACUGGAAACACAGAAUUUUGGCUGGGAAAUGAGAAGAUUCAUUUGAUCAGCACACAGUCAGCCAUACCAUAUGCAUUAAGAAUACAGUUGGAAGACUGGAAUGGCAGAACCAGUACUGCAGAUUAUGCCAUGUUCAAGGUGGGACCUGAAGCUGACAAAUACCGCCUGACGUAUGCCUACUUUAUUGGUGGAGAUGCUGGAGAUGCCUUUGAUGGCUAUGAUUUUGGCGAUGACCCUAGUGAUAAAUUUUUCACAUCCCACAAUGGCAUGCAGUUCAGUACCUGGGACAACGACAACGAUAAGUACGAAGGAAACUGUGCCGAACAGGAUGGGUCUGGUUGGUGGAUGAACAAGUGUCACGCAGGCCACCUCAAUGGAGUUUAUUACCAAGGUGGCACUUACUCAAAAACAUCUACUCCUAAUGGCUAUGAUAAUGGCAUUAUUUGGGCCACUUGGCAAUCCCGGUGGUAUUCCAUGAGGAAAACUACCAUGAAGAUAAUCCCAUUCAACAGAUUAGCCAUUGGAGAAGGACAGCAGCACCACCUUGGGGGAGCCAAACAGGUUGGACCAGAACACCAUGCUGAAAUAGAAUACGACUAAGUCAUUUUACCCUGAGAAUUAAACUGUUAAUUUCUGUUAGUCCAUGAAGUUUCAUUUUUCUGAAAGUUUCAUUUUCUCUUAUUAUAUUUAUUAAUUUUAAGUCUUUUACUAAGCGUAUUUAGCCUUAUAUGGAAACUAAAACUCACUUUGGAUUAUAUUCCAAAUUAUUGAACUCAAGAGUUGUUUAAAAUUUAUUUAAGAUGAUAACAUUUUAGCUUAUUUCUUAAGUAUAUAAUGAUAAAAGUGUUGCCAUAUUUUGCAUUUUAAUGAUAACAUGUAAUUUGUCUUGCUGAUUUAUUUGUUUAUAUUAUUUCUUAAAUGGUUUAGUUUAAACUAGUAAACCCAGAGUAAAUUCCAGCAUUUCAAAUGCCUAAGUAUUUUUUCCAUGUCAUUCACCUUUCAUUCUUCUUUUUAAACGGAGAGAAUUAUAUCUUUUUAUUUUUGUUUUGGUCAU